AUGGCGAAGAUCAUCAAUUUAUCUACCAUUCUCCUCCUCCUAGUCUUGGUGGUUUCCACAGGAAUAAUGGAGAAAGGAGAAGCGCAGGCGCAAGGGUGUGAGUGGGAAUGCAAGCGUCUACCAAACUUCAAGUGUUGGAUGGGUCAUGUGGGUGAAAACCUUUGCAACGACUUGUGCAAGAACGAAGGAGCCAUUCGCGGCGUUUGCGUCUCUGCCGCUAAAUCCCACCGCUGUCUCUGCCGCAAGUCCGGCUGCUCCUAA